GAAAGGAUGUAGAACGAUUGGGGCAAAAUACGAAGCCGGUGUUCUCUGCAUUCAGCCAUGUUUUGAUGUGCUUUUGUUCUUACCAAGCUCUUGUUUGCCCUUCUCCUCAUUAGCUUCCUCUGGUUGGCCUCAGGUCUGCCUUGAGGAGCCUGUCGAUUUGAAAAUGAACGUCACAGGUACAACAGACCCCACCCUCACGGAUGAAAGCAUCUACAGCAUUUACUAUCAUGACGACAAUUUCCCCGAGCCUUGCACCAAAGAAGGCGUCAAGAAAUUUGGGGGUCUCUUCCUGCCUCCUCUCUACACCUUGGUCUUUCUGUUUGGGCUGCUGGGAAACUCCAUGGUGGUUCUGGUCCUGUUCAAGUACAAGCGGCUCAGGUCCAUGACGGAUGUGUACCUGCUCAACCUUGCCAUCUCGGACCUGCUCUUCGUGCUCUCCCUUCCUUUCUGGGCCUACUACGCGGCAGACCAGUGGGUUUUCGGACUAGGUCUCUGCAAGAUUAUUUCCUGGAUCUACCUGGUAGGCUUUUACAGUGGCAUCUUCUUCAUCAUGCUCAUGAGCAUCGAUAGGUACCUGGCGAUCGUGCAUGUGGUGUUUUCCCUGAGAGCCAGGACCGUGACUUACGGGGUCAUCAUCAGCUUGGCCACGUGGUCAGUGGCUGUCUUCGUCUCCCUGCCAGGCCUUCUGUUCAGCACUUGCUACACAGAGCGCAACCAUACCCACUGCAAAACCAAGUACUCGUUCAACUCCACGCAGUGGAAGGUCCUCAGCUCCCUGGAGAUCAACGUUCUAGGCCUGGUGAUCCCCUUGGGGAUCAUGCUGUUUUGCUACUCCAGGAUCAUCAGGACCCUGCAGCACUGCAAGAACGAGAAGAAGAACAAGGCGGUGAAGAUGAUCUUCGCCGUGGUGGUCCUCUUCCUGGGGUUCUGGACGCCGUACAACGUGGUGCUCUUCCUGGAGACGCUGGUGGAGCUGGAGGUGCUCCAGGACUGCACCUUGGAGAGGCACCUGGACUACGCCAUGCAGGCCACAGAGACGCUGGCUUUCGUCCACUGCUGCCUGAACCCGGUCAUCUACUUCUUCCUGGGGGAGAAAUUCCGCAAGUACAUCAUCCAGCUUCUCAAAACCUGCAGGGGCUCUCUCGUGCUCUGCAAACACUGCGGGCUCCUCCAGAAUUACUCCCCCGACGCCCCCAGCUCAUCUUACACGCAGUCCACCAUGGAUCACGAGCUGCACGACGCGCUGUAAACCAUGGAAAUGCACCACCACCACCAAAAAGCAGAGUUAAUAUCCUUCCCAAGUUAAAAGUUUACCUACAAUUGUAUCCUAGGAAGAGUUCCCCGAGCGAGGGUGAGGGGGAAGAUGUACAUCCACUGCAGGAAGUGGGGCUUCUCGCCCUGCGGUCAGCUGUCCUCUUGCCACGUACAAGUUCGAUGCGGCAAGAGUCCACGCGGCCCGCAGCAGGCUAGCCUGCGCGAUCGGUUACCCUGAGGAGAUUUCUGAGCAGUGUUUCAAAGAGAAACAAUAUUGGAAGACAUUCAUUCCCUUCUGACCUGGACAGAUGGGGUUCUCCUGAGGGAAGAGAAGAGAAUUGACUGGUGGCGUAAAUCGCUACUUUCUGCUGAGGGAAAUGGGCUCUUCCAUGAAUUUCUAGCUUUUGCAGAAAAAUAUAGAAAACUUUGACAGGCUGUGCCAGUGUUUUUUUCUGAUAACAUAUCUGAAGCCAGGUAUAUGUGGAAAUGAAUAGCGAAGUAAUGAACGGAGAUCUUGAUUCUUUGAAUGUAAAGGAUUGUCUGUUAGUGGAAGCCGAACUUUUUACGCUGACUCUAAGUAGAAGGAGAUGAAGGCAUUAGCAUGGUCUGAUUUCUAAACAUGAAAUUCAAGGCAAUAAAAAACCCAAACAUACUUGUGGAAAUUCCAAUGUUUUGGUUUAAUUGUAUCAGAUGAACAUCCAAAUUUGAAAAAUAAUACACAGUCCCCGAUACUUUUAUUUGCGGUCAUGUACUUGUUUACAAACAGUGCCUUCAAAACUAAAAACAACAAGGACUACUGAGGUAUGAUGGUGCUUCCUUUGUGCUUUUGAGGUGCCUGCCAUCGAGGGAGGCAAGAAUAAUCAACUAAAAGUUAUUGUUGAUGUGACACCAAAAAUGACUGUCAAAAAACAGUGAAAUUUUGCAAAGUGUCAUCCUCUCUUUUAAAAUAUUAGCCCUGGUUCUUACAUGUUGCAUGACUCAAAAGUUAAGUCAUUUCUUAGGUAAUUUUAAGCAUGUAAUUAGUCAUUUUGCACCAUGAAGAGAAAUCUCUGUUCUUACUCACAGCCUUAAUUAACCACAAUUAUGGAAAGACUUCAACAAAGUCUGGGCAUAAUUGUAAUAUAGGGAUACUUAAAGCCCUUCCAGAAACAAAGGCCUAUCUUGCAAACCAUUCACUGAAUUACGCAGUUCAAACCGCUUCUGUAAGUUGACACAUUAUCGCAUGCUCUGCAUUUAGAAAGAAUGCAUUUCCAGAUGAUUUAUUUUCAGGAAAGUGAUUUGAAAA